GAGGGCGUGGUUACCGCCAAAGCGUUUAAACAACUCCCGCGGGAGAAGGAAAUACCGCGAGACUACCGCGAGUGCGUAGAGCGGCGAGAGCUGGAAGAGAUGAAUCCACCGCCUUCAACAUCGCGGCUUGGGCGCAUGCGCUGAGGGUCUUUUAAGCCGUUUUAAUAGGGGGGACUUGGCGUUUCUAGAGAAAAGGUCAUUGGCUACCCCGGAAGAGAUAUCCGCUGGGAGUGCGAACCCUGUGGAGAUUCGACUAUUGGAGCCGAGCUGGUGGCGCUAGGCCUAAUCGGGUCUUGCGGCUGGGGGUGAGGCGAGGAAGAAGAAAGAAUCCUCCAUGGAUACAACCCUUGAAACUACUUUCUGCUUUUUAAGAAGAGGAAACUGAGGUUAAGGCUACCUUUGCAGAUGGUCCAGCAACUAAGUCGCCAGUUUCCAAGGGCAUUUGCACCAUCUAUGGAAAACAUCGGAUCGUUGCACACCAGACAAAUCCUUGGCAACUCAUCCCACCAUCCCCCUGCACAAAAGUUACUGCACCAGCUGACAAAGAAGGCAAUCACUGAGUUUUUUUUCAUUACCAAAUAGAUACAAUAUCUCUGCCAACAAAAAAGAGUACACAAAGUGUCUCUUCAUGAAAUCGCAACCAGUUGAGACCAUGCUAAGCAAAUCAGCUUGUCUAUAGGAUGACCUCUUCUUUUCUUCAGUAGCCAGGAUUUGAAGGAGAGACUCUGACCUGUGCCACUGGUAAGUGACUAACUUUUACACACUGAACUGGUGCUGAGAACUGAGCUGUCUUCUUUGUAAGUGAAGAAUAUACAACAUAAUCUUGAAGAACUGUACAGUGUCGCAAGCCAGAGGCAUACUAUGUGUGUAUAACAGACUAAGAAACAAGUGAAUCUUAUUGAAACAAUUUCUCAUCUUUUGCUUUAUUUGCCAGUGUCAGUGUUUUGCUGGCUUAGAUUGUUACCUUUUUCUGGUACCUUUUUUCCUAUACUGUUGGUCUAUUUUAAUGGGUCCUAGAAAUCCCUCUCCUGAUCCCUUAUCAGAAUCAGAAAGUGAGGAAGAAGAAAACACUAACUACCUAAAUGAGAGUUCUGGGGAAGAGUGGGAUUCCUCUGAAGAAGAGGACCCUGUGGUGCCCAACCUAACACCUCUUGAGAGUCUUGCCUGGCAGGUUAAGUGCCUUUUAAAAUAUUCUACAACUUGGAAACCUUUAAAUCCUAAUUCCUGGUUAUAUCAUGCUAAACUCCUGGAUGCUAGCACACCAGUCCAUAUACUUCGAGAGAUAGGUCUGAGACUCUCUCAUUGCUCCCAUUGUGUACCCAAACUGGAACCAAUUCCUGAAUGGCCUCCUCUGGCUUCUUGUGGAGUACCACCUUUUCAAAAGCCCCUUAUAAGUCCCAGCCGGCUUUCUAGAGACCAUGCCACUCUAAAUGGAGCGCUGCAGUUUGCCACCAAACAGUUAAGUCGAACAUUGAGUAGAGCCACCCCCAUACCUGAAUACCUAAAACAGAUUCCUAAUUCCUGUGUUUCUGGUUGUUGCUGUGGCUGGUUAACUAAAACAGUUAAGGAAACAACCCGCACUGAACCCAUCAACACUACUUAUUCCUACACUGACUUCCAAAAGGCAGUUAACAAACUCCUAACUGCAUCACUAUAAAAAACCCACCCACCAUUCAUUCUCAUCUCAUGUUCCCAGAUGAGAAAGGAACACAGUUAACACAGCCCACAGUUGAGAAACAAAUGUCUUCUCAAACUAUGCCCUGUCUUCAGAA